AUGAGACCUUGGAACGGGACUAGCUAUGAGCUUUUUGAAGCGGCUGACCAACGACCUGCAAAUAAGUAUUAUCCUCUCAGGCUAGUUAAUUUCCUUCUUCAUUGUAGAAUGAUGAGCAUAAUUUUUCAAUGAAAAAGUUUUUGGUUCGUAUUUUUACCAGUAUAAAAAUAAGAAUGUUACAUAAAGGAAAAAAUUUCAGGCUGAACAUCAUUGCGAGUUUCGUAUCGAAAAGCAUGACGACGCCAAUGGAAACUUCUCUUCCACUCCAUGCAGUUUAUUCGCUGGUACUACCAACGGGCCCAUAUCAUUUCCCAACCUUAGCUGAUACGCCGGGACUUAUUGGACAACUAUUGUGGACCGUAACCCAUGCCGACGACUAA